AUGUCUGACCACGGGGAAGUCGAGGUCGAGAACCCUACUGCGGCCUACACCAUGCUGCCCAAGGAUGCUCUUGCGGAGAUGGGCUCUGUCAAGCUCUUCAACAAGUGGAGCUACGAGGAUGUUGAGAUCAGGGAUAUCUCCUUGACCGACUACGUCCAGAUCCGUUCUCCCGUCUACCUCCCUCACACCGCUGGCCGCUACGCUGCCAAGCGUUUCCGCAAGGCUCAGUGCCCCAUCAUUGAGCGUCUCACCAACUCGCUCAUGAUGAACGGCCGCAACAACGGCAAGAAGCUCAUGGCCGUCCGCAUUGUUGCCCAUGCUUUCGAGAUCAUCCACAUCAUGACCGACCAGAACCCCCUCCAGGUCGCCGUCGACGCCAUCGUCAACUGCGGUCCCCGUGAAGACUCCACCCGUAUCGGUUCCGCUGGUACCGUCCGUCGCCAGGCCGUUGAUGUCUCCCCUCUCCGCCGUGUCAACCAGUCCAUUGCUCUCUUGACCAUCGGUGCCCGUGAGGCUUCUUUCCGUAACAUCAAGAGCAUUGCUGAGUGCUUGGCUGAAGAACUUAUCAACGCCGCCAAGGGUAGCUCCAACUCCUACGCCAUCAAGAAGAAGGACGAGCUCGAGCGUGUUGCCAAGAGCAACCGGUAA